AUGGAGCCCCGCCGCUCCCCUCCAGAGUAUUUUCUUGAGAUCUUUGCAGACACCAACUCUGUCAAAGACGUGCUAAAAGGUGUCCUGAACCUCAUCUUUUUCCACCGCUAUUUCCCGUCGAUUCGCCCCAGCACCGUCGAUAUCCUCGAUCUCACACUUCCGGCCAUCAAUGAUGCGGAACUGGAGACCCUUAUUGACUCCCGCGUCACCUCUCUGGUCCGCCAGCACCUGUCUUCCGCGUCGAACGCGUACGGAGGGAACGGGGUACGAGGCCGCAUCGCCGUCGAAUUCUUCGAGAAAAAGCGCAGGCGCUCGGGACUCUGGUUCGGUGGGUUAGCCGGCAAGGGAGAAGAGGAGGUCUGUUGGGAAAUCUGGACGCUGGAUGUGACCAUUGCGACCCCGAGAACGGAGUCCGAAAGGGCCAAGGUGCGCAAGGCGAUGGAGAACAUGCUUCAGAAAGCCGCUUUGAAGAUCCUCGCAGUCGUCAACAGGGAUAAAGAGCACAUACCACCCAUCACGACCAGUGAUGCUAAUCCAUUCCCGUAUCGGAUUGUUCUCAAUCCUCGCACAGACAGCUGGGGAAAUCGGAUCGGUCUAUAUUGA